AUGUUUCCAGGAGUGCUCAGAGGACUAUGUUUUAGCUUUUUGCCUCCCUAUCUUUCUAUACUGUCGAAUUCAAGUUGUAAAAUUCUCAGUAAGACUGUCCAAUCUUUAAAAAUGUCUUCUUGCCAUAACGAAACUGUGUUUAUUGGAAAGGACAAAGUCAUCGAUCUAUCUCAUGUUAAAGCCUUUCACACUCCUGAAUUCGUUUUCAUAAACGGCCUUUUCCGCAAGUUUGGCUAUGAAAUCCGUGUCGCCGGAGGUGCUGUCCGAGAUGUUCUUAUGAAAAUGGAACCGAAGGAUAUUGACUUAGCAACCACGGCAACACCUGCACAGAUGAUCGACAUGUUCACAAAGGAGGAAUUAAGAAUCCUUAAUCGUAAUGGUGAGUCCCAUGGGACAGUCACCGUUCGAAUCAAUGAUACGGUGAAUUACGAGGUAACGACUCUUAGAAUCGAUUCAAAUCAAGAUGGACGUCAUGCGGAUGUAUCUUUUACCAAGGAAUGGCAGUUAGACGCCAGCAGAAGAGAUUUGACUGUCAAUUCCAUGUUCAUCGAUGUCAGCUUUGGUGAUUUGGAGACAGAUACGGCUGGUGAUGGAGAGCACUAUUCUGUUCAUGGAAAACUCUAUGACUUCUAUAAUGGAUACGAGGAUCUAAAGGACAGGCGUAUUCGGUUCGUUGGUAAACCUGCAGAUCGAAUUCGGGAGGACUACCUUCGCAUCCUUCGCUACUUUCGCUUCCAUGCACGUCUUGCUACAAAUCCCGACUCCCACGAUGAGGACACAUUGAAGGCAAGGCGUUUUUCUAAACAUGUUCUGUCUUAUUUUUUCCUUCAGGCUAUCGCUGAUAAUACCAGUGGCUUAGAAAAAAUUGCUGGCGAAAGGAUAUGGAUGGAACUAAGGCUGAUUUUUGGCUAUCCAGCAGCACCGUCUUUGCUUCGUUAUAUGGCCGAAACUGGGGUCACGAAGGCUUGUGGCCUUCCAGCGAAGCCAAAUAUGGCAGAGGUGGAAAGGAUUUAUGUCGGUGGUAUUCUCCAUCGACACGCAAAUCCCGCCACUUGUGUCGCCGCUGCCUUAAAUUCUAUCGAUGAGGUGGAGACACUGGUCAGGAGGAUUCGUCCUUCUAACCUGGAGCAGAGUAUUCUUUACUUCCUUGUCGAAUGGAGACAAUCUCUGGCAGCUGAUGGCAGCGUCACUGAACGCUUGCGACGUGAAUAUCUCCUCUCCCUCGAUCAAGCUCGAUUGAAACCCAUCUUUACUGAAGCAGUAUGUUACCUUUGUACCUCUGAAGACCUUAAUGCCUGGCUAGCUUGGCAAGCACCGCGCUUUCCUCUUAACGGCACCGCAGUGACCGAGAAGUGGGGCGUUAAGGGGCGUCAACUGCGGCUGGUUUUGCGAGGCCUCCGAAUGAUCUGGGUGGAAUCGGGAUGUACCAUGGACAAGGAGGCAUUGUUGGAUGAGGCAGUUUACCAGAAUGUGUCGCGGAUGCCUCUAGAGGAAGUUGAAGUGAACUGUAUGAUUCCGGCUAAGCGACGAAAGCGGUAA